UAGUUACGGUCCCACCUAAACAAGCUGGGCGGCGGAACUUCCAGAUAGACGACCAUAUUAACACCUUUGCAUCAUAACUUCUUCUCCAUUGAAUAAUUUUCAAUGGAGACUUUUCACAAACAGGUGGUGCUCAUCACCGGCUGCUCCUCCGGCGGCAUCGGAAACGCCUUGGCCCGCGCCUUUGCCGCCCGGGACUGUCUGGUUGUCGCCACCGCACGCUCUGUUUCAUCCAUGGCUGAUUUGGUCGGUGCCCCUGAUGUCUAUUUUCUUCAAGAACUUGAUGUGUUGUCGGAUGAGAGUGUUCGAGAAGUUGUGUCGAAUGUAAUCGAUAAGUUUGGAAGGAUUGAUGUGGUUGUUAAUAAUGCUGGAGUUCAGUGUAUUGGUCCUCUUGCUGAGAUGCCUCUUGGUUCUGUUGAACAUACUUUCAACACCAAUGUUUAUGGACCCAUGAGGUUGAUUCAAGCUGUUGUUCCUCACAUGGCAUCAAGAAAGAAGGGAAAGAUUGUCAACACUGGAAGUGUUACUGUUAUGGGACCCGGACCAUGGUCAGGUGUCUACACUGCAUCGAAAGGUGCUUUACACGCGCUAACUGAUACAUUAAGGUUGGAAUUGAAGCCGUUCGGUAUCGAUGUAAUCAACGUCGUACCUGGAGCCGUAAGAUCAAAUAUCGGAAACUCGGCUAUAGCCAGCUACAACAAGAUGCCCGAAUGGAAAUUGUAUAAGAAAUACGAAGGCGCUAUCAAAGAGCGGGCCUAUUUCUCACAGGGUCCAAAAGCAACACCAGCAGAAGAGUUUGCAAACAAGACAGUAGCUGCAAUCCUCAAGGAAGAUCCUCCUUCUUGGUUCUCUUAUGGGCAGUACUCAACUAUAAUGGCUAUUGUCUACCAUUUGCCUAUUUUUAUUAAGGAUUUUCUUCUUAGAAAAGCUAUGAAAUGCUGACAGUUUCUGUGUGUUUAAUAAUUUACAGAAUUGGCAUAAAUGAAACCAAAUUGAUGUUUAGAUGGUGUAAAAUGUUGUUUUCAAAUUUAGGCGGUUUUAGUGCGACAUUUUCGAAAGCUGUGUAUAUUUAACAUUUGUAAUAGUGUUUUGGACACUAGUAUGUUUGUAUAUCAAAGCCUGCGCAUCA